AUGGCGCCCGGAAAGCAGAAAGCCCAGAAGAUGUCGUUAGGCAACUUCUUGGCCGACGAGUCCCUUGGCUCUUGGGCCGACGAGAUGGACGACAUGCCUUUGCCUGCCGCCCCUUCUUCGUCCGGCUUCGGAGGCUUCGGAGGCGACCGUCGCCCUGCUGGCCUUUCCUCUUCUGCCGGCUUCGGUAAUGGAUUUGGUGAACGCGAGCGCGGUGGUUACGCCGUGAGAGAGCCCCUCCCUCUCCCCACUCAGCCUCCGUAUACCGCCCACGUUGGCAACUUGUCCUUCGAUGCCGCCUCUGCCGACAUCUCCGACCUUUUCGCCGAAUGCGGUGUGACCAAUGUCCGUGUUGUGGAGGAUAAGUUGACCAAGGCCCCCAAGGGUUUUGGAUACGUCGAAUUUGAGACUGUCGAUGGCCUGAAGAAGGCUCUUGACCUCUCUGGCGCUACUCUCCAGGGUAGAGCCAUUCGUGUCAGCAUCGCUGAGCCUCCCAAGGAACGCGAUGUCAAGGAAUUCGACUGGACCCGCAAGGGACCUCUUCCGGAUGCCCCUCAGCGCCGUGUGCCUGAGCGCUCCAACUUCGGACGCAACCUUGAUAACAUGUCUGAUGCAGGCAGUGAACGUGGCGGUAGCAACCGUCGCAGCAACUUCGAAAGCGACGGCAAGUUCCGCGAUUUCAACAACUGGGAGCGCAAGGGUCCUCUCUCUCCUCCCGCCCCCGUGAGGGAAGGUCGUCCUCGCAGCAAUGAAGGACCCGGUUUCAGACGCAGCUCUCCCGCCUGGGGUGAGGGACGCUCCCACGAGGGACCCCAUGAGGGACGCUCUCAGGACGGCUCUCGUCCUCCUCGCCGCGAAUUCCAGGAACGCCAGGAACGCACCCCUACCGCUGCCGAGCUUGAUAACUCUUGGCGCUCCAGAAUGCGCCCCGAUCAGCCUAAGGAGCCCAGCAACCCCCCUUCACCCGCUGCUGCGCCCGCCGCCCCCGCCGCUCCUAGCCGUCCCAAGUUGAACCUUCAAAAACGGACCGUGGCCGAGACCGCUUCGAGCCCCGCUGCCGGUGGCGAAUCCAAGGCUAGCAUCUUCGGUGGUGCUCGUCCCAUUGAUACCGCUGCUCGUGAGAAGGAGGUUGAGGAACGUCGCCAACUUGCGAUCCGCCAGAAGAAGGAGGCUGAUGAGAAGGCCAAGGCCGAGAAGGGCGAGAAGCAGCGCGCCUCUAAGGAGCAGGCCAAGACCGACAAGCCGGUGUCUACGGCUGAUCCCAACGGAAGAGACACUGUUGAGACCCCUCAGGGUGGCAAGAGCUUCGAUAUCCUCCGGCAGGCCGGUGACGAAGAGAGUGGCGAGAAGGCUGAUCAGGAUCAGGGAGAGGGAUCGGCCGCUAAGGGCGCUGAGGCUGCCACCGAUGCGCCUGCUAGCAAGGCCAACGGUAGCUGGCGCAGCGCUCCGGCUGAGGCCCAGGCAGCUGACGAGGAGGGCUGGAGCACGGUGAGCUCGGGGAGACAGCGCAACAACCGCCGCGGUGGCCGCACGUUCGCAUAG